AUGCGCCUCCCCGCCUUGUCGUCGCUGCUGCCCGCCGCGCUGCUGCUCGCGUCUGCGGACGCGGCGUCCGUGACCGCGGGCGCGCCCGAGCACCUGGUUACCACGGGCGGCGAGUGCGUGCGCCUGUUCCACUCCGGGGGCAGCGUGGGCUGCCGCAGCCUCUCGGCCGCCGACAUGGCGCCGCUGUACCCAAUAUCGAGCGCGGACGAGCUGCAGAGCUUCGUGGCCGGCCAGGCGCAGCAGCAGGACGCGGCAUCCAAGUACGUGCUGGUCAUGGCCGAGUCGCUGCUGAGCUACGACGCCAUCUCCUCGGGCAUCGACCGCAUCGGGGGCCUCUUCGUGUACCCGGAGACUGGUAGCAACAACGGCUCCUUCGACGCCGCCACGCCGCAGGGAGACGGCACCGUGGACGGCGCUUUGAACCCAUUUGCCAGUGACAAGACCAAGUGGAACCCGACGGGCAACGGCCUGCUGACCGAGUCGCUGCCGUUCCCCGUCGUGAUGCUGCAGAACGCCUCGACGGGCGCCGAGUUCACCAAGCGAGCCGAGAUCAACCUCAAGAACGGGGCAGGGGCCACGUACAAGGGCUUCAUGAACUACUACUUCGGCCCCGAGGAGAUGAACUCGCUCAAGUGCCUCAACUUCACCAACAUCUACGGCAACCGCAGCCCCAAGUGCGACCCCAUCGGAGGUCAGAGCUCCUGGGCCAUGAGGGGAAACUUGAAAUCGGGCGAGAUCGUCAUGGCCAUGGCGGGCAUGGACGCCACGUCGGUGUCCCAUGUGCUGGCGCCCGGAGCUAACACGGGGGCGUCUGGAGUUGUGGCGUUGCUGGCAGCGGCUCAUGCUCUCAAGGGACUGCCGGACUCGGCGUUCGAUAAGAAAGUGGUGUUCGCAGCGUUCCAGGCCGAAAAGUUUGGCUUUGUGGGAUCUCGCAAGUUUCUCUCGGACCUGCAGAAAUUCACGAAGGACCCGGAAACAGCGUGCAAGUAUCCCGUGGACGAUUCAUCAUCACCCAUGGGCGAGAGCUUCUGCACCUCUCCGAUGCUGAGUAGCACGGAGUUUGCAAACGUGAAGCUGGCCAACAUCUCGUACGCGAUUGCUGUGGACCAGGUCGGCAUUCUCCCGAAGUCGGGCAACUUGACGCUGCAUGUCAACCCUCACGCGAACGACACGAGCGAUCUGGUUGAUGCCGUUUUGAGUGCGCCGUCGGCUGCUUCCGCUGUUGGAGAAGGCAGCACUGGAUCGCUCCCGCCUACGCCGCUGACCUCUUUUGUGAAUGGUGCUGAAUAUGGUCAACGGGACCUUGUGGGUGCGGUGCUUGCAGGUUACGACGAGAGCUACACGUCCAAGAGGACGUACAACAGCCGUCAUGAUGAAUUUACUGUCCUGGAUGUGGAUGCAGUUGUGCAGGCUGCUCAGAUUCUUGCGGAGAGUGUGUUCACGCUUGCUUCGAGCAACGCUACCACCGCACAGAUGAACAAGAUCGAGGUGGAUACGUGGCUGGUGGAGUCGAUGCUGUCGUGCAUCUCGAUGGACUGGAAUUGCGACCUCAUGAAGAACUACUCGCAGUACAUGGUAACGACGCUGAUCGAGUAUCUGAGUCUGACGGACUCGGCGUGGCCGUCGUACUCUGUGCCGGCUACCUUGUACCCCGGCCCGCUUGACGCCGACCGGUCUACGCUUGUGCUGAAGAAGAGUGAUGGCUCAUACUCGUCACUGUUCAACGAGUCCUGGUCGGAUGACGACUACGCCGUGCGCCUUUUCCCGAACGCCUACGAGUUCUUCACGCGCGCGUUCCUUGCGUCUGCCAUGGUGCCGAAUGCUACGGCUGAUGCUGCUGCCACGUGCUCACAGAGUCAAGGAUGCGGCGACGGUGGUAAGGGCAUGGAGUGCGUGUAUCCUGGUGUCUGUGCCGACAAGAGCGCGUACCAUCACGAAGCCAGCUCGCCGGGAGUCACGCGUACCACGACACCGCUGCUGUACGACGUGGUGAACUCGUCGAUGCCGAUCUGGGCCGAGCCGCAGUGGGCCUCGGACAUCGGCAGCUACUCGUUCCCGGACCCGGGCGCUUGGAUCGGCUGGAUCACACUCGCCGUCGGCUUGGUAGUGACAGGGCUCGGUGUUGCAGCGGCGUUCAUGGUGCUCGGUAGCGUGCAGAAGAUGAAGCUGAUGUAAGCAUACAGAAGCGGUUGGCCCUAGCGAUCAACGUUCAUAAUUCACCAAGAAAAUACACAAACAAGCAAACAAGUAGAUAGAUACAUGUAGAUUAUGCAUGAGCUUCGCGUGCUAGUGCUUUGUUUACCUUUUGCCGGAAACGAGCUACAGUUGACACUCAAGUGCACGAUAACUUAAACCUUCCUCGU